GCCACCUGGUGCAGUGGCUCUGUACCGGCUGGGGCGCCCGCGAGGCCUUCGUGCAGGGCCCGCUGAAGUUCCUCGGCGCCCUCUGCCUCGUCCCGUACGCGGCGUCGGUCAUCGCGGCGCAGAUCUGGCUCCGCACCGUUGCCUUCGUCGUGUGGCUGGCAGUGGUGUGCCCGUGCUGCAGACUGCAGAGGGCCGACAACGUGUUCGACGCCUUCGAGCGGGAUCUGGCCCUGCCUCUGCUGCAGUGCUCCUUCCUGGCCUUCGCGUGCACCCUGGCUGCCAUCACCCUGGGCGCGGGCCAGCUCGACAGCUACGGGCGCUUCGCGGUCGGCGCCGCAGCCCUGUACUACACCGGCAUGCUGCUG